CGGAGAACUCAGAACGUUUUUAGACAUGGCUUCGUGCGUUAAGUGCCUAUUCCUUAUUUUUUCUUCUAUCUUCCUCGUGCUCGUGAGAGCAGACGAUCGCGUGCAUUUCAACGAUGAACAGGAGAAACGAUGGAACACACCACCGGAACUGACACCGGAGCAGGUUAGCAGGAAAAAGCCGGAGACGAUAAAUGGAAGAGCAGAGGCACGAUUUCUUCCAUUCAGUGCAAGCUUCAGCCUAAACGCUGGCCAGGACAAUAGCAAGGCUUUGCAAUUGGGAGCAGGCCUCGGGGGUAUCAGUGUAUCUCAAAGUUCUAGUUUCUCUCAGGCUGAAGCCAAUUCCUUUGGGAAUACUGGAUCUUCGUUAUCCUCUAGUCAAUCCUCGUCUUUCGCUGCAGGAUUAACAGGAAUUUCUGCAUCGGAUGCUAAUUCAUUCAAUGUAAACCAUCCUGUUUUCGGUGGGCAGUCAAAUGCCAAUAGCAAUUCAUUCAGUGUUGGUCAAGCGAGUGCUUCCUCGCAAGCAAAUGCACAGAACGGUCAGGCAAGUUCUGGUUCACAGGCAUCGAUCGGUUCCGUGCAUUCUUCAGCAUCAUCCAGUAGCAACGUGCAGGCUCUCUCUGAUGGUCUGAUAAUAGGACAACCACAGGGACCAAGAAAACCGGUCUGGACCAACAUCGGACCUAAUCAUGAUUUCCCUGGUCAUCCUAUUUCUAAUAGACCUACAUUAACCAUACAAGAAGCACCAAUUACCACUCAACAAAAACGACCGAUAACGUUGACAUUAGGUGGUUAUAAUCCACGCUGGCAACAAGGUAGGCCACAACUUCAAGUGAACGAGUGGCAUCCUAACGGAGAAGUCAACUUUCAAGGACAUCAGUGGAGGCCACAUUCGAAGCACGAGUACGCUCAAGGAUAUCCGUCAAUUCCUAACUCGUGGAUGCAGGGUCAAGGACAGUCAAAUGGAGGUUUGCACAUCACCGUAGCUUCAGCUGAUUCCAGCGCCUCAUCGAACUCCGGUGUUUAUACUCAAGGACAAGCUACUUCGGUCCAUCGGAAUCCCUAUGGACGAACCGAAAGGAACUUUGCUAAUGUCAAUUCCAUGAGAGAAAACGGUCCAUCUGUGGACUUUGUCAAAUUUCCAGGACAAACUAAUGUUCAAAGUAUACCACGGGAAUUUGUCAGGAGCAAACAAAUGUUCGACGGCAAACAUCGAAGAGAAGAAAAGGAUUUCGUUGAAAGUAUCGUAUCGGACAUCACGGAUACAGUAUCGGAUUUAUUAGAUAUUUCGUAAUUUCACUCCUUUUGAUCUAUUGACUAUGUUUUAAUUAUAGCUCAUCCAUUUGACUCCUGAUCGUAGGCGUUCGAUCGAUGAUUUACGAUCCGCCGAUUACUUCCUUCUCAACGUUAUCCUUACUCCAGGAAUCAUUCCAAGAAAUUGAUCCACGUUGAGAGAUAUAGAAAAUCAAUAAUUGAUUUUCUCAUAAAUCUCUUUACUAGGGAUUAUUUAUCGUGACAUCGCGUUCCAUCGUAUGAAAUGCUCUUUAAUUAAAAAUAUGACGAUAUCUGUCGAAAAUCAUUGAAUUCUGCGAAUCAAAGAACGUAUUUCUACGGACAAAAAAAGCCAAGAAUUUUCAUAAAUCGACGAUGAAUAAUGCGCCGACUAUCGAGAACUUCUAUUUAUUUUCCCAUUCACAUCACUGCCAGAUGCGUCAGUUCCGGCGUUUAAAUGGGUGAAGGUCAAAGUGCACGUUCAAUAAAAUUCAUAUAACAUGAAUUUCUAGCUCCAUCUUUUAAAAAUGAUCUGUCGGUAAUUGAAGAUUAUCUACGAAAGAAAAUAUCGCUUACAUUGCUAUGAACUAACGGUAAAAACGAUUUCUUCUGUAACAUCUGUAGGUAUACUUACCGUAAUAAGAUAAAACGGAAAAGAAAUUAUAUUGCAUGAAAAAAGUAAAUAAAAUAUUAUAUACCAUAAAAA